AUGAGGUCGUUGUACAAGAUGCUACUACUUUCGCUUGCCCUUGUAGCGCUGCUAUCCUCAGAUCUGACGAUCCAGGCGACGGCUAAUGGUGGCGGCUCGCUAAUCCCUGAAGACUGCCGGCAGACCCUUGUCAUCCGUGGGCCCUGUAACCCCAAGGCUUGUCAACGCAACUGUCAAACCAACGUCGGCCCCGGUGCCGUUGGCGACUGUGAUGCCGGUGGAUGCCGGUGCACAUACUGUACUCCAUCUCAGUGGAAUUAA